CGGCAGUCCGCCCGCGACGCCGGCCGCCCCCGAACGUCGCGUCGCACCAUCGUUCGCCACACACUGUAAUUAUAGUGCCCACCACUCCACAUGUACACUUGCGAGCAAACAAAUGCCAAAGUGGUGCUGUGAAAAAUCAAGUGUGCCGAUUGACAGCUCUGUGUUUGAAUUGAUUUGUGAUUGGUUUUUGCAAUACAAUUCUGCCGGUUAGCUGCGAACGCGGUAAACGCUACAAGCGGCAAUCAUCCCAGGAAUCUGGAAUUAUUGUGGUCACUACGUAGAGUUUGCUAUUUGAUCGUACACCGCCAGAAAAAAACAUUUUAUAAUUACAAAAUGAACACGCUCAACUUAUGACGUAAUUGGCAUUGCAAAGUCUUCCAAUCGGCACCAAGACUGAACCUGUGAUAGCCGGCGCCACACCCGCUCAGUACACGGGUGUCCGACAAUAACCCGGCGGACCCAAUAUAUGGAGAGUAACUCACCUUUUACAAGGACAUUCUCUUAAAGUAGGGGUGGUCCAUGCCCCACGCGGCGCCCCCAGCCACCGCCAUGUCGGCCCCGCCGCGCCACCCUCACUUCUACACCGUCGAGGUCGGCGACACACGCUUCACGAUACUUAAGCGCUACCAGAACCUGAAGCCCAUCGGCUCCGGCGCCCAGGGUAUUGUAUGCGCCGCGUACGACACAGUGACACAACAGAAUGUCGCGAUCAAGAAGUUGUCACGACCGUUCCAGAACGUGACGCACGCGAAGCGCGCGUACCGCGAGUUCAAGCUAAUGAAGCUCGUCAACCAUAAAAAUAUUAUCGGCCUGCUAAACGCGUUCACGCCACAGCGCAGCCUCGAGGAGUUUCAGGACGUGUACCUGGUGAUGGAGCUGAUGGACGCGAACCUCUGCCAGGUGAUCCAGAUGGACCUCGACCACGAGCGCAUGAGCUACCUGCUCUAUCAAAUGCUCUGUGGCAUCAAACACUUGCAUCUUGCCGGAAUUAUACACCGGGAUCUGAAGCCGUCCAACAUAGUGGUGAAGAGUGACUGCACGCUAAAGAUCCUGGACUUCGGGCUGGCGCGCACCGCCGGCACGACCUUCAUGAUGACACCCUACGUCGUCACUAGAUAUUACCGCGCGCCAGAGGUGAUCCUUGGCAUGGGGUACACGGAGAACGUGGACAUCUGGUCGGUGGGAUGCAUCAUGGGGGAGAUGAUCCGCGGCGGCGUCCUGUUCCCCGGGACAGACCAUAUCGAUCAGUGGAACAAAAUUAUAGAGCAACUGGGCACGCCGUCGGCGGCGUUCAUGGCGCGGCUGCAGCCCACCGUGCGCAACUACGUGGAGAACCGGCCGCGCUACGCCGGCUACUCCUUCGAGCGGCUCUUCCCCGACGUGCUGUUCCCCUCCGACAGCAACGAGCACAACCGGCUCAAGGCGUCGCAGGCGCGUGACCUGCUGUCGCGCAUGCUGGUCAUCGACCCCGAGCGCCGCAUCUCCGUCGACGACGCGCUGCUGCACCCCUACAUCAACGUCUGGUACGACGAGGGAGAGGUCAACGCUCCGGCGCCGGCGGCUUACGACCACUCGGUAGAUGAGCGCGAGCACACAGUAGAGCAGUGGAAGCAGCUCAUCUACCAGGAGGUGGUCGAGUACGCGGCGCCGCCCGCGCCGCCGCCCCACCAGCCGCCGCCCGACCACGCGCAGCCAGCCCUCACCACAUAGGUUUCAACCGAGCUGACCGCCGAGAUCUAAUCGUCUGUAAAACAUGGACUAUUUGUGAAAUAAAUCAUUCGGCCACGGGACGUGACGUGGCCACUCGGCGGCGAGCUACCUAUCUGUGAACACAACUGAUGUAAAUAUUUGUCAGGAGAUGAUUAAGUGCAAUAUAGACAGAGGAAAACAAGUGCAAACUAAAUAAACUGAUUUGACUCGUUCAUUUUCGUGUAAAGAGAGUGGAUGUCUCAAAAUUAGGCAGCUUAACAGAAUAUAUUUAGCGUAGAUGAUUUGUACUCCACUAAGAAUCGAUUUGUUUUGUUUGUAAACGGUUACCAGGCCUGUUUCUUGUAGUAUCUUCCCGUUUCUAAUGAUAAUAUAGGUUAAGAUCUGAAUUUAUUUUGCGGGUCCGACGCUUUUAUGAGAGCUCAACGUUUUGUUCCUAUAUACCCAGCCCAGUUUCGGUGACAACUGUUGAUUUGCAUAAAGCAGUGCCUUUCGCGGAAUACCUACUGGUGGAAACUUGCUGAUUUCGACUCAUGGACUGACUCUGAUAUGUUCGGAUAUUUUUGUAGGAAAAAUAAUGGCGGAUAUGUGAUUUUCUACCAUAUUUUUGUCUAUGGACGUUAAUUUGGGUGUCUGUCUGUAUUUGGAGCAGCAUGAAUGCGAGUUGAGACGCUUAUCUAUACAAAAUGAAGGGAUUUAAGUCGAUUCGAUAUUUCUCAAUGAGAUAUUCCUUCAUAUAAAGUGAUACAAUUGUUACUUACAAGUAAAAAAAAAUAUUUAUAUACAUAUUUGCUCCCAUUCAUGUUUCUCCUAAAACAAGAUAUUUUGUCGAUACUUUUACACUGCAAAACUGAAAACUUAUUGAAAAAUAAGUUAUCCUUUUAGAGUAUAAGUAAUAAAAAGGAUAACAUUAAGUUCACAGUGUGAGUUUAGUUGGGUCGUGUACUAGAAUUGGCGCCAAAAUGUAAUAUUAACAUUACAUUUGAUAAUAAAGUUGAGCUUAUCCAUAUGUUUUUGAUCGUGUUUUUUAAUUUUAUCCGUAUUGUUGUAAUAGUUGAUAUAAAUAGACUAAUUAAUCACCAUUGCAAUGUUCCCUACUGGUCCCGAUUUGCCAACACAGUGUUUUGUACGCUUUACGUACAGUGCCAUUACGUUUUGCCAUCAGUACUUACAUUUUCUAAGAACUCAUUAUAUUAACUUGUAUGCGUGACUUUUGAGGUUUGUUUCUUAGCCACACAUUGUCAAUAAUUUAUGUAUUUGGGAUUUUGUGAUGUUGAUAGUUUCUGUAGGUGGUCCUUAGCUACGUUGUUGAAAACCCAAUACUAAUUACGAGUAGUUUAAGGUACAUUUUUACUAAGCAGUCUCUUAUAGACUACCUCACACGUUGAUCAUAGCACAAUUGGUUCAAAUCAUUCAAGUUUUUUUUUAUUUUCUUACAUAUGUAUUAGUUUACAGCAAGGCAACUUUGUCGGUAUAUAAUAGACACGUGAGAUUCAACAUUCAGCCAAAUAGUACUUUUAAGUUAAUAAAAAAAUACAUAAGCAUAUAAAGCGUGAAGAUAUGCCCCGCUAAUCGUCAUACGAUUAAUGAAAUUCCUAUGACGAUAAGCGUCAUACUCGUGGCAUGUCAAUGGCUACCAUAGAGAAUGUCGAUCUAUUAGGCGACUCAACGUGUGAGGGUUAUCGUAGGUUAUUGUUUGAAACCUCAUUAGGUGAUAUAAAUAUAAAAUUAAGGUUAAUAAAGAAUGACGAACGGUAACAGUAAAUAGCACAAUUUAGCUAUAGUGUAAAACCGGACGGCAACAUGUUUGUGAUGUACCAUUUGUAUAAUCAAUGUUGAUAAGAGAAGCAAUAAUACGUCAUUGUUUUCUAUAUAAUCCCUUAGAAGCGGUCAUGUCACCUUUACUUCGGCUCUAAACAUAUCACGGAUGCAAUAGUUCUCUUUCGUACACCGGACAUGCAUCGACCGCUUCACUCUCUCACGUCACAUGUUACUUUACUUUUGUUCCUUGUAUCAUGGCGGACGGAGAACGCGCCAAAAUGGCGCGUCACUUUUCCCACUUACAAAUCUAUUAAAAAGGUUAAUUACCUCGAUUAACCUAGCAUUUCUUAUAAAAUAUACUGUUCAUAAUAGCUAAUCUAUAUAAAAAAAAUAAAAAAAAACUUUAUGCAAAUCUCUGAGAGUAUACCUACCUACAAUAAUUUAGGUGUAAGAGUAAAACUGUAAAUAUAAAAUAAUAGAUUAACGGAACGAAAGUGAAGCUAACAUAAUUCCUUAGGCCUUUCUUUUAUCACUUUAGUGAAUAAAUCACAACUGUACGUCCAAAUUGUCCAUUUAUAUGUUAAAAUAUACCUAAUAAUGCAAGUUACAAUAAUAUAAUCGUUAGAAUGUAUUUUAGUACACUUGGAGAACAAGGUUUAUGGUUUAUCGUAGCGCUGAGCUGGAAGCGAGAGGGAGCGGCAGCGGAAAGUGUACGGCCCUCUCGCCGCUUCUAGCGAUAUUUUUUGUUUAUUUCAAUUACUAUGUAAAACUUAUUUUUACUGUAUACGUAAGUUAUUUCAUAUUUUAACCGAAUAAAUUGAAAUGGUUAUUAUAAA